UGUAUGUUUACGUAGUGUUACUUUUUGGAGCAAUCGGAGUUAUCGGAGCCAUCGGAGGCCGGAGGCCUUGGGACUUUGGAGAGCUGUUCUCUGCUUGUUCUGCAUUUUUUGCGAAAACAUCAGCACUUAAAGUACUUGGCAACCAGGUAGUGAAAUAAAAAAAAAAAAAAAUGUGAAGACUCAGGAGAAAAGUGGGUGUAGUUUUUUUUUGUUUGUGCAGCAGUUGGUUGUUCCUAGGAAGACAUCAUCACUUGUAGGAUCGAAAAAGUAUCCGUCGACCUCACGUUUUGUUGUUGUUUCGUACAACUAAACAUAUGUACAUCGUGCGAUUUGAGCACGAUUUUCUCUUAUCACUUCAAAAUCUUGAAACGUGUGAUGGUUCAAUCGUGCAGUUAAAACUUGUUUUGUUAUUAAAUAAAAUUUUGAUUUUGAUUUCUUCACACUUCCAUUUGCGAGCCGUCAGAUGAUGUUUGUGUGACUGUAAACUUAACAGUUGUGUGUACAUACUUGUUGUGAGAUUAUUUCUUACAAUAUAUAAAAAGGAAGACGUGAGGAAAAUGCCCAAGUCUCGUUGCUGGUUAUUACUAUUCCUUUUUCUCCUGCUUGGUAUCACCGCUGGCGAUGAAUCCACAAAGAAGAAGGAAGUUUAUUACAAACAGUCAGUUUUAACAGCUGCUGCUAGUCCUCAGCCUGUUCCUAAAGAGGAUGUAAAAAUCACCAUGGAAGGCCAGACUCCAAUUUUAAACUCUAAGAUUUUAAAAAAAAAGACCGUGCCGAGGAAAGGUGUGUUGCCAGAGGAGUCUAUUGAAAGUCAGAAUAAAAAUGGUACGAAUGGUACUGUGAUUGAUUCUCCAUCGAUUGAUCCAGUAAAAAAAACUAAUUCUUCAGUAUUAACUGAGCUUAGCACACACAUUGUUGUGAAAUCAACUGCGACCGUGACCAAUGAAACAACUAAAAAACCAAUCAAUCUCCAUGUUGCGCCUGUUAAGGAGGAUCCGCAAGAAAAGGAGCCUGUGGUAGCUUCGCACAGUAGCACUACUAGAACACCAAAGCCUAAACCAAUAUUGACAAUUGGUGGAAAAGAAGCUGACGGCCCUAUACCUGCUUCACCCACUGAUAAAUCUCCAAUCAGCAUGCCAAGGAAGAUAGACUACAUUGUGCCUAUUAUCAUAACGUUCACUGCACUGCCAUUGCUAGGUGUUACCUUUUACGUUUUGUACAAGCGUGGUAAGGACUACUGGAGUAAGAGGCAUUAUAGAAGAAUGGACUUUUUGAUCGAUGGAAUGUACAACGAGUGAUAAUUGUUGAAUUUUUACAAGAAAUCUAUUUUCGGGACGUAAGCAAUUUUUAUACAACUAGCGUGCAUUUAUACAUGCAUUAACUAAUGAUAAUCCGUUUAUUGAUGUCUGUGCUAUCAAGCAAACAAUUUUUGGUGCUUUUAUACUUGGAUAACUUUGGUCUUACAUAUUACUUUCAACGUUUUUUAAAUUAAAGAGUACCACCUUUGUUAAAAAAAAAAAAAAAAAUACUUGAAACGUGAAAACA